AUGUACUCUAAUUUUCAGCCUAAAAAGGUCGCUAAAGUUAGCUCCAAAAUCGAAAGAGAAGCUCCCGAGAUUGUGAAUUGGGUUGACCAGUUGAGUCAGAUUAUUGAUGAGCUCUCAGAGGGUAAAUCAAACAACCGAGAAGAAUCGCUCGAAAGACUAGUAGAUAUCCUGGCAAGCCAUCACGCAUCGUCUCAAAUUGAAGACCGUUUGGAAGAUGUGUUGGGUGCAUUGAAGAGAUCCUUGUUGAAGAAUUCCAGCACUCACGAGGCAUGUCUCGCAGCCAAGGGCAUUGCAUUGACAUUUAUCAACAUGGAGGAUAUCUCAGAAAGCGAAGGCGAUGAUUUAUACCGCAGAAUCUUACCUUCUUUGAGAAAUAGAAUCAAGGAUAGUGAACAAGUGGACAUCAAAAUAAGUUGUCUCCAAACGUUGGCUUUGAUCACUUAUACCGCAGCAUCAGACAUUGAUAAGCAAUUAGUGAGAGAUUACUUGUUUGAUCUCAUUGAGACAGACGGUGCUGAUUUCAAUGUCGAGAGUUUAUCACCCAAUGAAUUGGACAACUUAUUCAGCGAGGCUCUUCAAGCAUAUGGUAUUUUAUUUGCUGCUUCUUUCACUACUGGUGUUGUAGACUUUGAUAUCUUAUGGGAGGAACUGGAAAAGGUGAUGCCUAUGCAUGAAAUGCUGCUGGAAAGCCCAGACAAGGAUAUUCGAAUCUCUGCUGGCGAAAAUGUUGGGUUGAUGUUUGAAACUGCCAACAUCUUUUUGAAAUCAGAUUCUGACGAAGAAGGUGAUGGCGAAGAAGAGACAGUAAAACCUGAAUACGACAACAUGGACGGCUUGGUUCACACAUUAAAGGAGCUGUCUAUUGAUAGCAGUCGUCGCAGAGCAAAGAGUGACAGAACAGAGCAGAAAUCAGUGUUCCGUGAUGUUGUUAGAAGCGUUGAGGAGAAUGUGAGACCUAGCGAAGAACUCAAGAUUGGUGGAAAAGUUCUUACUUUCCGUGGCUGGGCAAAGAUUCUACCUUUGAGUGCAUUUCGACAAGUUCUUGGUCAAGGAUUCCAACAUCACCUCAAGACAAAUGACAUGAUGAAGGGCAUUUUCCGUUAUUCUAUCGGUCGCCAACAAGAAGACGCUGAUGACUCUGGCGACGAUGAUGCUUUUGACAAAUCCACCUUGAGCAAUGUGGACAGAAAAUUUAUCAACGACGAGAAUAAGAAAUCAAGAACCAAGCAAUUGCGCAAUGCCAGACUUGGCAAGGAAAACUCAGGCUAUUGA